GGCAGUGCGUGUUCUGAAGGAUAUAUCGGCCAGCGGAGAUGUGUGUGCAGAGGGUGACAGUGACGACGACCCAGAGGUCAAAUUAGACGUAGAAGAGGAAGAUGAUCAAGAGGAGGAGGAGGAAGAUGUAGAUGAAGAUAUCAGCGAUGAGUCAAUUAACAGCCAAUCAGAGCCAGAAGGGAUAGAAGAAGACUCUCAACCUGCCAGAAAAAGAGUAGGUGGACGGGCCAGUUGUCCUGGUAUGUUUCGUGACGUUUACAAACACUGCUGCAAAAACUACCUUGAGAGGGUCCAGCUUAUAGACAACAUGCCUCAAGUCUUCCCCGAGUUACAGCCCGAAAAAUCUCAAUGGAUACUGCAAAAUCCCAAGGAGACGGAAGACUUCUUGCCAGUAACAAAGGAGAGUGUUAGAUUUCAUGUUGUUUCAUCAGAACAAAAAGUGGGAACACCUCUCUUAAAACAACUCAAAAGAUUUAAGGCUGAGUUCAUAGCUGGAACCUACAACCUUUUUGCUGGUGGUCCUGUUUGGGGCCUUGCCUGGUGUCCUGUACCACACAAUGUCCAAUGUGACCAGUUUUUGGCUGUGAGCUGUCACAGAAAAAUGGAUGAGUGCCAUGAAACAAAGUCACUUUACUCGGGAAAAGGUGCAAUCCAAUUGUGGAAUAUUGGAGAACUGAAUUCUCUGUAUCCAAAGAAUUCAAUGAGUAGUAACGUUCCUGUCCUGGAGUUCUGUUUAUCCCACAGCUUUGGUGUUAUUUACCAGUUGUGUUGGUGUCCGAGCAAUGCCUGGGAAAACAAGGACGAGAAGCCAUCCCUGCACUUACCAAGACUUGGGCUGUUAGCAGGAGCCUUCUCUGAUGGAAAUGUUCACAUAUACAGUAUACCUCAACCAGACAGUUUAAAUUUAGAAAACCACGGCAAUGAGCCGGCCGUCUUCAAACCAGAGCCAGUAUUUACUCUUCUUCCUUAUCCUGUAUCUAAACAUGAAAAGGCCUCCCCAUGCCUGUGUAUUGACUGGCAGCCAAAGUCUUGUCAGUUCUUGGCAGCUGGCUAUGGCGAAGGCUCAAUCAGAGUUUGGGAUCUUAAAUCCCAGUCUAGUCUCCUAAGGGUGGCAGUGUCUCCCACCAUUAAACUUCUCCCAUUUCACAGUACAGCCGCCCAUACUGAUUGUGUCAUGUCACUGAAAUGGUCGCCCCACAUGACAGAUAAAUUCGCCUCCGCCAGUCGUGAUCGGACAUUUGUUAUAUGGGAUCUCAACAACAGACAUUUCCCAAUAUUCAAGACCCCAGCUCAGAUGGCUUUAUCAGUUUACUGGCUGCCAUUUAAUUUUUGUGUUCUUCAAGGAAUGGAUGAUUGUUAUUCAAAUCUGGAGACGUAUGUUAGAUCGGAGUCCUAUGACCACACUGUUAAUGAUGACAAUCCACUGUCAGAUCCUGUGGUGGUUCUAUCAGACUGUAUUUGGGGGUUAACUUGUUCCAACUGGCUUAUGAUUAUUCUAGCAACUAACAACACAGGAAAUGUUAUUGGAUCUGUUAUGCCUCAUCUAAAAAGGGAAGAAGUCAAGCGUUUUCAUCGCAGAACUUUGACUUUAUUUGAGACAGAGAUCCAGGAAAAGAAUUUUGAUGAAGCCCACAUCCCAGAACCAAAGGAGCAUUUUAAAACAGAGAAAGGAAAGAAGAAAAACGUAGAUUCAACAGUCUUUAAUUCAUAUGAAAGUGGAAGGAAUAAGAUAUACCUGGAAUAUAGAGAAUAUGACCCAUCACAGCCUAAAAAGAAAAUGCCAAAGAUCACAGUUACUGCAGAUGACGUCAGAAGCUUAGCUUUCCGUGCCGUAUAUAGGAUUGAGAUGAAUCCGAACAUCCAGAGUUGUGUUUGGGUAGCCUCAGGAGGACAGGCCGGCAUUGUCAGGAUCCAUAACGUGGUUAAACAUUUAAUACCCACCGCUGUGCAAGAUCUAAAGGAUGUACGCAGUUCUCUUAAUAUGACCUAAAAAAUA